AGUUGGAUCAACAGAAAAAAGAAAGAAAGAAAGAAAGAAAUCCAAAGUUUCCAACGAUCCUAGCUAGAUCAACGAAAUAACUUCCAUUGAUUGAGCGGAGCCACAGAAUUUUCUUUUCCCAUCUUCUGCAAAAGGCUAUAAAACGGGAAGACCCUUUUCAUCAACUCUUCUCUUCUGUUUCAAUUUUCAGAGUCUCUGGGAGUUUCAACUUUGGAAAAAGCAAAGAAAUAACAUAGGGCACCGCGCUUUACUGCUUUACGUCCUCCAUGGCUGAAUCUCUGAUCAAAAGCAACAUGUUCUCUCUAUACCCCCAUUUCUGCAUCUCUGUUUCCCCCAAGAAAUCUUCUUCUCUUUCUGGGUUUCCUUCUCUUAGCCUCCCACCUCUCAAAUCCUCCUCCAAGAGCGAUUUUCAUGGCCGGAGAAUUGUCUUGCGUGAAAGGGAAAGGAACCCUAAUACCGGAAGUCUACAGGCUUUGUCCCCACAGAUGAGCCAUUUGAUUGGGAAACCACAGAAAUGGUGGGAGAAGGGACUCCAACCCAACAUGAAAAAGAUUACUUCUGCAGAAGAUCUUGUCAAUUCUUUACUAACCGCAGGAGAUAAACUUGUUAUUGUGGACUUCUUCUCUCCAGGCUGUGGAGGAUGCAAAGCAUUCCAUCCGAAGGUAUGUCAAUUUGCAGAGAUGAACCCAGAUGUACAGUUUCUUCAAGUGAACUAUGAGGACCAUAAAUCAAUGUGCUAUAGCCUUAAUGUCCAUGUCCUUCCCUUCUUCCGGUUUUAUAGAGGAGCCCACGGUCGUCUAUGCAGCUUUAGCUGCACAAAUGCUACUAUCAAGAAAUUCAGAGAUGCACUGGCAAAGCACAACACGGAUCGUUGCAGCCUUGGACCUCCAAAAGGGUUGGAGGAAAAAGAGCUCCUUGCUUUGGCUGCUAACAAUGAUCUCUCCUUCACCUAUACACCAAAGAAACCAGUGCAACCAGAUGCCGUACUUGUUACAGUAGCAGAAGCAUCUCCUGCAAGCGUAGAUCCCCUUGUUCCAUCAACCUCAAAGGCCAUUCAAACUCAAGAUUCUGGGAAAGCCUUGGCCACGGCUGGGAGAUGAUUAAAAUAAUUUCAUAAGCCCAUUUCUGUUUUGCUUUUGUUGUAUAGUUCUGUUGUAGAAGUAUCUGCAGGUGGGGAUGUGGGAUCAAACAAGUGAAAGAGAGAGGGACUGUGUUUCAGUGUGUGUGAGAAUUAUGGUUGGUUUGCUGUAUAUAAUAGAUGGAUGUCCAGUGGUGUCAGGCUUUGUGGUGUUUUUAAGAUCAUAGCCUGCACUUCUUGAGACGUGAGGAAGAAAGGGAAUUUGUAUGUUGUGCUCUCGAUUGUAACAACUGUUAUCAUUCAUUAGCAAUUUUAAAGGAGAUGCUGGAUAUUGGAGUGGUUGUUGCAUUUAGAGUUGAGAUCCUCAGUAAUGUCCUCAGUCUUCUUAUAAGUUGUAAACAAAGAAACGGAUAUUCAUAUUCAGUGAAAGAGGGAUAUUAUAGAUUGUCAA